AUGAGCUUCUAAACAACAGAUUCCAAGAAAGAAGAAUUCAGAAAGUAUUUAGAAAAGGCCGGUGUUAUAGAUCAAUUGACUAGAGUUCUGGUGGGAUUAUAUGAAGAACCAGAAAAGCCAAACAAUGCCAUUGAUUAUGUUAAAAAGUACUUAGGAUCACCUGUUGAUAUUGAUGUUGACAAACUCAAAUUAGAAUAUGAAAAACUUAAAGAUGAGAACAUUAGAUUGAAGAGGGAAAUUGCUGAUUUGAAAAAAGAAUUAUAAGCCGCCCAAUAAGAAUAGAAUUGAUAUUAGAUAAAUCAAUAAAUUUACAUUACUAAAUAA